GGGUUAUUUAUCAUUUUUCAAUAUUGCCAGAAAUCAGAAGAUGUCUCUGGAAGCUUCCCGAUGACGACCGUGGCCGUGGACGCGAAGCCCUCGCCGCCCGCUUUACCGGCGAGCUUCGCCGCCUCAUCGAGCGGAUCCUCGUCCCUACCGAGCGAAGAGGACGACGAUCUCUAUGGCCGCCUCAAGUCCAUGCAGCGGCAGCUCGAGUUCAUCGAGAUCCAAGAGGAGUAUGUGAAGGACGAGCUCAAGAACCUGAAGCGCGAGCUCCUCCGCGCCCAGGAGGAGGUGAAGCGAAUUCAGUCGGUGCCUCUCGUCAUCGGCCAGUUCAUGGAGAUGGUGGACCAGAAUAACGCCAUCGUCGGCUCCACUACCGGCUCUAACUAUUAUGUUCGGAUCCUCAGCACCAUCAACCGUGAGCUCCUCAAGCCCUCUGCUUCCGUUGCCCUCCACCGCCAUUCAAAUGCCCUCGUCGAUGUCCUCCCUCCCGAGGCGGACAGCAGCAUCUCCCUCCUCAGCCAGUCGGAGAAGCCCGAUGUGACCUACAACGAUAUUGGGGGUUAUGAUACGCAGAAGCAGGAAAUCCGUGAAGCUGUGGAGCUACCUUUGACUCAUCAUGAGUUAUACAAGCAGAUUGGUAUAGAUCCUCCAAGAGGUGUGCUCUUGUAUGGUCCUCCAGGGACGGGUAAAACCAUGCUUGCCAAAGCUGUAGCCCAUCACACUACUGCUGCAUUUAUAAGAGUUGUUGGAUCUGAGUUUGUCCAAAAAUAUUUGGGCGAGGGUCCAAGAAUGGUUAGGGAUGUCUUCCGACUUGCAAAAGAAAAUGCACCUGCAAUUAUAUUCAUUGACGAGGUUGAUGCUAUUGCUACAGCACGUUUUGACGCACAAACUGGAGCUGACAGGGAAGUUCAGCGCAUACUUAUGGAACUGUUGAAUCAGAUGGAUGGAUUUGAUCAAACGGUUAAUGUCAAGGUCAUAAUGGCAACAAAUCGUGCAGACACUCUAGAUCCUGCACUUAUCCGUCCUGGUAGACUUGAUCGGAAAAUUGAGUUUCCAUUGCCUGAUAGACGACAGAAGAGACUAGUUUUUCAAGUCUGCACUGCUAAAAUGAACCUCGGUGAUGAAGUCGACUUGGAAGAUUAUGUUUCUCGACCAGAUAAAAUCAGUGCUGCCGAGAUUGCUGCUAUCUGCCAAGAAGCAGGCAUGCAUGCUGUCCGCAAGAACCGCUAUGUCAUUCUUCCGAAAGAUUUUGAGAAAGGCUACCGGACUAAUGUUAAAAAGCCAGAGACAGAUUUUGAUUUCUAUAAAUGAAAGACCCAAAACAAUUCCAUGUAUUUAAUCCAAACAUGGAGGGCCAAGCAUAUUCGCAUUAGUCUUAAUAUUCAAGGAUAAGGUAUCUGUUUUAACACUCCAAAAAGUGUUUUUUUUGAAGUGUUUCAAGGUCAGUUAGUAGGUUGUGUCUGUUGUAAAAUAGUCAUCCUAUUGUGUAUGUAUAGCUGGUAAUGGUCGAAGUAUGUUAAGUAUGGUAAUCACUAAGAAUCACUUGGUUAUCUAGAUCACUAUUCUCCUUUAUAAAACCUCCAUCUGCUUAGUGAGUCAUGAUUAUGAUGCUUGUGUAUGAUUACUUCUUUAUAAAAACAAAGAUGGUUAAUGGUACAA